UCGGAAUCGAAGCAGACGUGCGGUUUGUGCCGGUGUAGGACGCCGCGCGAACAUGACACGGUAUACAGGAGAAGGAGCACGAACACCUCUUGUAGCACUAGCUAGGUCCCUUCUUGGCCUCUCGAUCUCCAGCGCUCGUCUGAACAACGCUUCCGCCUCCCCCGGCCGCCCCGUCAUCCGUACACAAAGAUCAAGCUGGCGCAGCUUCCAGGCAACGCCUCGAUCAUCACCCCCCAACUUGGAUUCCUUGAUCUCCAGCGCUCACCUAAACAACCCUUCCGUCUCCCCCGGCCGCCCCGCCUCCCGCUCACACCUGUCCAACGAGGAAAGAAAUCGUCGGCCCCCAACUUGGCCUACUCGAUCUCCAGCGCUCGCCAAAACAACGCUCCCGCCUCCUUCAUGAUUUCUACUAGUUCGCCCAACCUUUGAUGGUGACAGUACAAUGGGUGACAACAUGAACAGUAAGAAUCUUCGAACGAUCCGAGGUCUCCAUUUGGGCAAAGCGAUCGUCGUACGGCCGAGAGUCAAACCACCCCCCCCCCAACAUUUACCAACGCCCGCCACAUGCGUACCGGCGCGUACACGUCUAUCCCGAUCGCAAAGUCCGAAUGAGAUAGAUGUCUAGUCCACCUUUCCACGGCUGGCUCGCGAACAUGUCCCCGACCCAUGAGCUCGCCCCUUGCGAAGUCCGCGUGGGCGUCGUGCAUGCGGUACUUGUCUGAUGCAUCCGCUUUCAGAACACCCCACCCCUCCAAAAUUGAUCUGGGUUUCGUCGCGACCAAUCCAUCACCAAGAAGCACCGCCGCGUCCGAUUCUCCAGAGUCGUUGCCGUCGGAGGAACACCGUUAGCGCUACAUACAAUAUAUCCUGCCCUAGGUACUCGAAGGCGGUGCGCAGAACCGCAUGUCUGUUGUCGUCCCCUCGUCGUCAAACCCUCCACCUUGGGCCUUAAUCUUUUCCACGACACGUGCGCACGCACCCUCCUUGCGCUUGGUUUCGACAUGACU